AUGUUGAGCCGCGAUCAGAGACUUUCCAAACGAAUGCAAGAAGCCGAUCCAGCUCUAAAAGAGGUUGACAUGGAUAUGUUGUCUUAUGCACGCAAGCUCUUCUACUUUCGACAUUUGGCGAAUGGUGGCAUCGGACUGGGCUCUGUCUUCGUCCAUACGAGUGAAGAUGCACCCGGUUUUCUGGAAGCAGUCGUAAUGGCUCGGGAUUUUAAGAGCACUGAUCCCAGAGAUAAAAUCUUCGCACUGUGGAACCUCGCUCAAGAUAAGACCGGCAUAGACUUCAAGCCUCAUUACACGGAGCCGUAUGAACGCAUCUAUGCUGAUUUUGCUCGAGCCUGGAUCAACCAGAAGCAUUCGCUGGAUAUCUUAGGAGCAGUGGAAGCGUCGGAAAGUAGCUCUUCCUUUUACAGAAAAACGCCAUCUUGGGCGCCGGAUUGGAGUGUCCCUACUCAAACCAGCUGUCUUGUGCGCAAGGACUAUAUUCCAAUGAAAUUCAUCUCAGUAGUGGACGACCAGCAAGGGAAAUUGUACGCCGCAGAUGGUGGUAUCACCCGUGACACAUUCGAAGAUACUCUCCUCCACUUCCAAGACAACGUGCUACAUUGCACUGGACUCAUCAUAGAUCAAGUUGGAGCCAUCCUACAACAACCUCCGCAGAUAUCAAGUGAAACAGUACAUCUUCAAUCCGGUGACCCUGACUGGGAAUUCCACUGCUGGACUAUCGAACUUACCCAGCACUUCCGCAACUUCGGCUCAAGCAUCUACGACGAUCCCCUACGAGCAGCUUGGGCAAUGUGCCAUGGGGACAAUACUGCUGCAUGGCCGCCUAACCCUGACUUCAAAUCCCCCCUCGAUGACCCAUACACAUGCCAGACAGAGCUCUCCAAACAUGUUUCCGCAUGGGUACAUGGAUACCGCGAAUCCGAAGCCCGGAACAUAGUCAGACAAGUCCUGCGCGGCCGGCGAGCAUUUAUAUCAGAGGCAGGGUACAUGGGCUUGAUGCCCGCGUACAUCGCUGAUAAGUGGUCGGAAAUAGGAGAGAUGUGCCAUCUUGCUGUUAUAGCCGGAUGCUCUAUUCCUCUCGUCCUACGAGAAAGAGAUAACGAGACGUAUACGGUUCUUGGGGCAUGCUUUGUGCAGGGAUGGAUGGAGGGCGAGUGGAUAGAGACAAUGAUGGGGGCGGGGUCGCCAACAGAGUUUUGGACGGGGAUGAGGGGUGUGGCGGCGUUGAGGAUAACGUGA